AUGGAAACUGAAUUAACGUCGGCCUUGAUUUGCCGACGAUAUUUGUUAUCCAACUGCACCCGGACCGUUCACAUCGUUGCUCACAUUGCGCCUGGAGUCUUCGAGAGAACACCGGGAUUUUCUUGGUUUCGUGAUCCUUACAAUGAGAAAUUCCUCAAUCUCACAAUCAAAUAUGCUGAUGUAAUCGGCCUGAUGAUCUUCGGCCAUCACCAUACAGAUACAUUCCACCUUGUCAAGGUCAGUCUGAACAACUUUCAAGUAGACUGAUU